AAAGCCAAUGGGAAUAGGGGACUGUGAUGAGCAUCCUGAGGCUCACUGGCAGGAGGCAACAAGGUUUCUGAGGCUUGUGAUGUAAGAAAGCCGAUAUGAGCAGGUGAAGGGAUCCCCAUUCACCAGGAAUCCUUAAUGGGUUCUGGGGGCCAGUGAGGUACUGAAGAAAGGCAGCUGUAGACUGAGAGUAAAAGAAGGGGGGGUAUAAGGUGAUCCUCCCUUCUCCUCCCCUCACACAUCCCUCACUCCUGAACUUAGGUGCUCCUAGUUCAUUUUACUGCUCACCACCAUUCCUGCAGAAUUUAGGAGUACAGUCCAAGUCCUAUGUACAGUAGGAAUCCGAGAGGAUCCCUGAUUCUGAGUAUCUGGGGAGAGUCACUGGAUUUCCUAUCCUCAUCUGGUGAAGAUGAUACUGGUUAUCUGGUGACUUUGCAGCCAGCAGGCUCAGGUGGCAUUCACUGCACACUGUCUGGAGACCUUCCAAUUUUUGCACUUCUUCAGCUCAUAGGAAUAUUUGGCUUUCCUCCCACAAGCCUAUUGUUUCUUUAAAAAAAACCCAGAACAUUUAAGGCGUAUUGGAGAUCACAGGCAUAUAUAUUUGGGUUAAGUGAAUGUUACCUCAAGAAUGCUAAUCCACACACAAAAGCAAAUGCAGUUAGGUUAUGCUUUUUAAAUUGUCAUCCUAAUUUGUUUAAUUCAGCCUUGAUAGUGAUUAAUUUGGAACAUUAAAAACUUAUCUUUCCGUAUCCCUGUGUAGACCAUACUAAAUUUUCAUUUUUAAUAAUGACCAUAAAAACAAGAGUCACUUGAUUAUUUAUUGGUUGUGCCACUUAAUGACAUUGCUUGUCAUUUGUGGCACAUACAAAAUAACAUUGCAAACUCCUGGUUUGAUAAACUGUAUAUUGAAGGUAGUCUUUACUCACUUGUCAUUAAGGGUCUAAUUCUGUCAUAUGCUCAGAGCACAUAACAUGAAAUGCAUAGCACCUAAUAGGCUCAGUCUUUAUGGGGCUUGUGGCAGCCAGUUUUCCAGAUGUCACUAGACACAAAAUGAUGUGUAUACAGAUUUAGCAGGCCCAGAUUAUUAGAUUACUCACAUGAAAUGAGCAAAGAUUAUUGUAGUAACAAAGCAACAGUAGAGAUGUGUCUAGAGAUGAAACAUAAAUCUAGUGUUAAAAUAAUGCAUGCCUUUAACACUCCACAUCCAAAAGAAACAAUGAAGGUAUGCUUUUGUCUCAUGGGCAGAGUUUGAGAAAUCCAACUUUAACUCUCUUUUUCCUAGAUUUCCACUUUAACAUUCCAGAAAGCCUCUGCUUCCCAAGAUAGAAUCCCCAUCUUGUGUGGAUGUGCUAUCUUGUGCACCAAUGAGCCUGGAAUUCAAUCUGCCGGAAUAAGACAAUGGCCUCUACAUCUAUUUGAAAGAGAGGGAAUAUGUAUUCUCACUUGUGAUGAUUUGAUAUUAUAAACCCUUCAUUAACCAUGAUGGCAACACAGACAUUAAGUAUAGACAACUAUCAAGAUGGACAACAAAUGCAAGUAGUAACAGAGUUAAAAACUGAACAAGAUCCAAACUGCUCUGAAACUGAUGCAGAAGGAGUGAGUCCUGCCCCUAUAGAAUCUCAGACACCAAUGGAUGCAGACAAGCAGGCCAUUUACAGGCACCCACUGUUUCCAUUGUUAGCACUAUUGUUUGAAAAAUGUGAACAAUCUACACAGGGUUCAGAAGGCACUACCUCUGCUAGUUUUGAUGUUGAUAUUGAAAAUUUUGUAAGAAAGCAGGAGAAGGAAGGAAAACCCUUUUUUUGUGAAGAUCCAGAAACUGAUAAUUUAAUGGUAAAGGCAAUCCAGGUACUACGUAUUCAUCUGCUUGAGCUAGAAAAAGUUAAUGAACUCUGCAAGGAUUUCUGUAGUCGUUACAUUGCCUGUCUGAAAACUAAAAUGAACAGUGAAACUUUGUUAAGUGGAGAACCUGGAAGUCCUUAUUCACCUGUACCAUCACAACAAAUUCAAAGUGCCAUUGCAGGUACGCUCAGUCCCCAAGGGAUUAUGGUGCCUGCAUCAGCAUUGCAGCAGGGAAAUGUAACUAUGGCAACAGUAGCAGGGGGUGCAGUCUAUCAGCCAGUCACUGUGGUCACGCCACAAGGUCAAGUAGUGACACAGGCACUGUCACCGGGGACAAUUAGGAUCCAGAAUUCACAGGAUAAUACUGCAAGAGAACUUCCAUCACUACCACUACAGCUUCAGUUGCAGUUAAAUCAAGAUCUAAGUAUCUUGCAUCAAGAUGAUGGCUCGUCAAAAAAUAAGAGAGGGGUUCUUCCAAAGCACGCUACUAAUGUGAUGAGAUCUUGGCUCUUUCAGCACAUAGGGCAUCCAUACCCAACAGAAGAUGAGAAAAAGCAGAUUGCAGCCCAGACAAAUCUGACACUACUACAGGUUAACAACUGGUUUAUUAAUGCUAGAAGACGAAUUCUUCAGCCAAUGCUGGAUUCCAGCUGUUCUGAAACUCCAAAAACAAAGAAAAAAACAGCUCAAAACAGACCAGUUCAGAGGUUCUGGCCUGAUUCCAUUGCAUCAGGAGUUGCUCAGCAGCAGUCUAAUGAACUUACAAUGUCAGAUGAGUGGAAGAGCCAGACUUGUUACAUGGGGCCUCCUGACUCUCCACGUUGUUCUCAUUCCUGCAGACCACACUGUCUUACUGCCCAAGGAGCUGUUGUAACAAUUACAGCUCCAGUCAACGUGAAUGUAGACAGUCUCCAGUCUCUGUCAUCUGAUGGUGCUACUUUGGCUGUUCAGCAAGUUAUGAUGGCAGGACAAAGUGAAGAUGAAUCUGUGGAUAGUGGUGAAGAAGAUGGAGCAGACCUCUCAACAACUAACAUCAGUGGGCUUGUUUUGGAUAACAGUGAUUCUCUGCAGUAGGAAGCAAGAGAAUGUAACAAAAUACUUAGGAAACGGAAUGGACUGAUUGACUGUUUUUAUAGUUUGCACAGCAAACAUUUUACACAAGUUUUAUUUCUAAUAUGUUUUAUAUGUAGAUAUAGAAGGGUGCACUUUUUGUAUUUCAUAGUAAGCUUAAAGAGUGUCUUUGCAGGUGCAGCAACUUCUUUCAAAUGUGUUUUUGAAUUUUGGAAAUGGGCUGGGGGGGGUAUUUCAAAAAAUUGCAUCUAGUAAUAUAAUGAACCUCAUAAAUACCCCUUUUGUUCUCUCAUUAGAUACAAGUACUAUAAUUUCUAAAGAAUUAUGAAAUUUCAGUUAGACCUGUUGUGUAACACAGUGCUUGUUUGGCUAAUGAUGUAAAUUCAAAGCAUGUGGUACUGAUGUGUAGAAUUUGAUCAUUAGACAUACAUUUGAAAGAUGCUGCUGCACCUUAAAAACUGCCAGUCUAAGGUGGGCAACAGCACACACACACACAAAGAAAAUGGAGAUGUGUGAUUCACUAGCGAAUGUAUGACAGUUUAAAUACGUUUAAUUUCUCUCAUAGUCACUGAGCUUGUUUAUCAUUUGCUAUAAAAACUCCUAUUUUUACCUUGAUGGGAUUAUUGGAUAAAAAAAUAUUUUUAUAAAUUCAAUAGUAAUUGGGAUGACAACUGUAUUGAGCAUGAGAAAAAAAAUUUCCAGAAAGGGAAAAUAAAUGUUUAGUAUUCCUAUUUGGAAGGUUCUGAAAACUGACCAAAUUUAAUAAACAUGCCUAAUGCAAAUGUUCCAUGGUUCUCUGCUAUCCCAUAGUGGCAUAAUAUAUUUGAUAAUAGCGUAAGAAAGACCCAAGGUUUGAUGGAAUUUUGAUAUUGUCAAACUUUGAUAUAUAUAUAUGUGUAAACUAAUGCUCAAGUUACAUUUAACUCUGUAUCUAAACUUGUAUCUGAAGGUAUUUGCUAAAUAAGUAUUCAGGUAAGUAAGUACAAUUAUCCACAAUAUUUCCAGUGAGCAACGGACAAACUUAACAGUUCGAUUUUUUUUUUUCCCAUAUGAUUUUUGAAAGAUGAAAAACAGACUGGGCUAGUUUUUCCUCAGUUACAUCAUUGGAUUUGAAUUUUUUUUUUUUUUUUUUGCAGAUACAAAAAAUAUAAUUUAUUGAUUAUAUAAAGAAUCUCUUCAAAUACAAACAUCACUGCUAGAAUAUACAACAGGCUUGUAAAAACAUCCUCGUGUGUCUUUAAACAAACUUAGAGCUAGUGAUGAAAACACAUUUAUCUGUGAUAAUGGUUAAUUUCAGUUUAUCUCCAAAUCUUGUGUUUGCAUAUUGUUAUUUCUGAAUAUUUGUUGUUUGACGCUUGAUGCUGAAAAUUUGGUCUUUUCCCAUUAAAUGCAAAUACAGCAGACCCAAGAAGUCUUUUAGAAGGACAGUGUGAAAAGGAAGAUACCUUCAAAUCUUAAGCACUGAUUGAACAAAGCACUUAGUUAUGUGCUCCACAGUAAGCACCUGCUUAAACCAAUUCCUGUUCCUCAAAAUAUCCAAGCAUGUGCUUAGUUUCCAUUGAAUUCAGUGGGAUUUACUUGAAAUUAAGAUUUGGUGCUUUGUUAAAUUGAGACUUUAAAGACUGCCUUACUGAGCAAUUUAUAGGCAGCAGGGAUGGAGAUCUGAACAGAAGAUGCAAAAAAAAUUGUUACAUGUACUUAAAGAGCAAAUUUCUUUUUCAGGGGUUACCAUUAAAAAUACUUGUUUUACUGGCAUUGAGCUACACUCACCACUAGCAUAAACAGCUGUCUUUGCCACUUUAGCACCCUCUUAUGUUUAUGAUGAAUUGGGCCUGUUGACUCAGCUGCAGUAAUGAGGUAUUAUAGUUAGAAUUAUUAAAAUGAAGUUUUUAAAGUAUUUGUUUAAAUCCAGCUUCUCUGUUUUUCUACUAAUACCAUUCCCAUGUGUACUGAGCAGUUUAAAGAAAAUACUAAGUGUAUAAAGAAAGAUUUAAUUAUGAAAACUGGUAUAAAGUAACUGAUUUAAGGCAUAUUGACAAGUUCAAUUUGACCUCAAAAUUUAAAGGGCACAGUGAACUUAAAAAUCAAAUUCCUGUCUGAAGACAUUGUACAUACUAGUGUUACAAACAACACCUAAAAUGAAUAUAACUGGCAGAGAUUAGAAGCAAAAAUAUUUUUUUUCUUUUUAAUUUGUUUACUGUUUUCCUUUGCCAGACCAUUUUUUUAAGUAUUUCCAUGUUAGAAUUAUUUCCUUUUGUGUGUUUUUCACAAAACAGAAGCUGAGAGGAAAAAUAUUUUUUAGGGCUAGAUCAAUGGUGGGCAAGCCGGGGCCUGCGAGCUGCAUGAGGACCACCAAGGUGAUCUGAUUGCAACCCGUGAGACACUGUGCUGGUGUUGAGCAUCUGCAAGCUCUGCCCCUCAUAGCUCCCAGUGACCUCAGUUCUCUCUUCCCAUCCAAUGGGAGCUAUGGGAAGCAGCGCCUGCAGGUUAAGGGGCAACAUGGAUGUGCUAGCCAUUGCUUCGCAGCUCCCAUUGGAUGGGAACAGAGAACCGAGGCCACUGGGGACUGUGGGAGGCAGUGGCUGCAGAUGUUCAACAUCAGCACAAUGUCUCACGGGUUCUAGUCAAUCACCCUGGUGGUCCACAUGCAGCCCUACAGGCCCCAUGUUGCCCACCAUUGGGCUAGAUUCAGCCGUCUUUAUUCAUGUGUAGUAGCAGUUGAAUCCACAAUACUGCAAAUACUUACAUAUGUGAAUAAUGUACUGCUCAAUAUGAGUAAGACUGGCAGAAUCGAGCCCUUGAAUAAUGGAAAAAUGUGAUUGUUUAAAAAAUAUAUGUAUUGGCAGAAGGAUUCAAGCAGGUGUAGUACCUGAAACGUUUAAUCUGGUUGAAAAUAAUUAGAUUUCAAGUUGAUGAUGUCCCUUUUGAUUUUAUGAAAGCAAGCUUGUACAAAGUGUUUCUUUGGAUUUUUCCCUUCAUUCGAGUAGAAAUUAUAUAUAUAUAUAUAUAUAUUCAAUAGAAUAAGUUAGCAUUCUAUGUGAGGUUUGCAGCAUUUAGCAAGUGUGUAAGGACCUGGAAAGUGAAAUUGACUGGAAAGUUAUUAGGAACAAAAGAAAAUGGAGUAAUAAAUUUUUAAUUGGUCUCAAGAAAAUUACAAAAAGUAAACAAUAUUGAAAAGUAAAUUAUAUUUGUAAAAUUACUUCUAUUUUAAUAAUCAAAGAUAAAACUAUUUAACAAACUGUGGAGCCCAAACAUCUUCAAGGACUGACAUCUAAUAUAUCUAUAUAACAUCUGUAUAACUCAAACAUUUAAAAAGAAAUUGUGCAAAAUUUAAAACAGAUGCACUUGAUUGUAAUUAACUUAAGUUACUAAUGGUCCAGUUUCAGCUACCAAGCCUUCUUGAGAACAAUGAAUGCAGUCUAUGCAAGAUGAAAGUUAGCCCCAUUUCCCUAAAAGUGUAAUUUAUAGGUACUCUAUAUUUCUUGUAUUUUGGCCUUCUCUUAUUUUUGAUAAUCAUUCAAACAAAACAUUCACCAAAAAUUCAACUGAGUUUAAAGUUGACUAGGAUCAAAUACAAUUUGGUAAGCAUGUUGAAAAUACAAAUGACCUUCAUUCCCUCAUGAAAAUCUAAGAUGUUAACCACUUGAAUUUCUACAUAGUGAAACAUUUCUGUUUCUAUUGAUUCUCUCUAACAUAGUGAAUAGAAUGCAUUCAAACUGUAAUCCUCUCUCCCAACAAGAAAGGCUAACCAAGAAAAAUCAGUGAGAAUCCAAGUUUAAGUAGUAUUCAAAUAAACUUCAGAAAUGAUACCUGUUUAGGUUUCACUUCUUGUUAAAUGUAUUGCUGAAGAGUGCUCCUGGAAACAUUUUGGACUUGACUUAACUUUGUUGUUUUUUCAUUGGAGAUUGAAUAAGCUAGGUUUGGCUUUGCCAGACCCAAAUCUGUUUUUCUAGGCUUGCUAGACUCUUUCAAAUAUUUUAUUUUUCGCAUUAUGAAAUAAUUUUAUUUAAUCAUCCUGCAAAGUAUAAUGAGAGUGCAAA